AUGGCUUCCCCUAGCGUUCUCACCUUUGAUGCUGAGGGUCAGGCAGUGCACUUUGAGGUCUGGGUAGAUGAUCUGCAGCUUUUCCUGCAGUGCGAUAGGGCAGACGGCCUCUCCCUCUUUAACCUCACUUCUGGUGCCUCCCCUGCCCCUGCUGCUGAUGCUGACGCCACUGUUCGCUCACAGUGGGCCACACGUGACGCUGCUGCUCGCCUUGCUGUGCGCCGCCACUUACCGACCACUGAGCGUGCACACUUUAGCCAGUACAAGAGUGCUCAGACCUUGUACGACGCUGUAGUUGCACGCUACUCUUCCCCUGCCACUGCUGCACUGAGCCGCCUCAUGCUACCGUACCUCUUCCCUGACCUUGCUGCCUUUCCCACUGUUGCUGACCUCAAUACGCACCUCCGCACUAGUGGCACUCGCUACCGCACUGCGCUUCCUGCUAAGUUCUGCGCCAAGAACCCCCCCCCCAUGUACAUCACCCUCUACUACAUAGUCACCCGUCUCCCUGACUCUCUCCGUGUAGUCGGGGACCACUUCCUCUCUGUUUGCCCCACCACUCUCACCGUUGACCUCCUCAAGAAGGCCCUCCUAGCGAUAGAGAAGAGCAUAGUCGCUUCGGUCGGCGCUGCGUCUCCCCCGAGCGGGAGACGCCGCACCGGCAAGGGCAAGGAGGGCAAGGGCACUGGAGGAGGUGGAGGGGGCGGUGGAGGUGGUGGUGGAGGCGGUGGAGGGAGUGGGGGUGGUGGUGGGAGUGGUGCUGGGGGUGGUGGCGGCGGCGGCAGCAGUGGAGGCGGCGGAGGCGGUGGAGGUGGCGGAGGGAGCGGAGGCGGCGGAGGUAGCGGAGGCGGCGGAGGUAGUGGAGGAGGCGGAGGUGGAGGAGGCGGCGGAGGCAAAGGCGGCGGCGGAGGCGGCGGUGGUGGAGCGAGUCGCGAAUCUGCGUUGAGGAGUGGCGCCGGUGGUGGUCAGCGCCAGCAGCAGCAGCGGAGCGGUGUGACCCUGACCCCUCAGCAGCUUCGUGAGUGGUACACUGCACGCCAGUGCGGUGGUGGUUUUGGUCCCUGCUCUUACGCCGGGGGUGCUAUCUUUGAUCUUGACUUUGACGCUAUUCUUGCUGCCAUGUAUGCUGUUGCUGAUAGUGUUGAGGGUGCCUGUUACCUCUGUGUACCGCCUGACCCGGGCAUUAAGGCUGCUGCGCUAGGUGCUGGUGAGACUGCUGCUCUAGGUGCUAGUGCGUCUGCUGCCCCAGGUGCCAGUGCGUCUGCCACCCCAGGUGCUGGUAAGUCUGCUCUCUUAGGUACUACGUCGGCUCAGGCCUUCCGCACCUUCACCCUGGACUCGGGUGCGUCCCGCUCCUUCUUUCGAGACCGCACCACUCUUACGCCGCUUAGUCGGCCGGUUGCAGUCUCCCUAGCAGACCCCUCUGGGGGUCCUGUCCUUGCCAGCUUCUCCACUGUCCUUCCGUGCCCUGCAGCCCCCUCUGGCACCCUGUCCGGUCUCUACCUCCCCUCGUUCUCUACGAACUUGGUGAGUGGAGCGGACCUACAAGAUCGAGGGGUUGACCAGUUCACUCCUGCGAGUCAGCGAGUGACCCACUGCAGGUGUGCUCGGACAGGCCGACACUUGGCCACGUUCACCCGUCGGCCAGGGUCGAGCCUAUACAUCCUUACUGCUGAGUCUCCUCCUACUGCUGAGUCUGCCCAGGUAGCUGCGUCGAGUCAGGUGUUUGCUGCGGCGUCUAGGUAG